AUGGCCGCGUACGUCGACGGACAUGCUCCGUCAAGAGUCGAGAGGAGGACAAGCACGCCGGAGGAUUUAGCCGACUGCUUUAAAGUAAUGAUAAAGUAUAACCUCCGACUAAACCCCAAGAAGUGUGCGUUCGCCGUCCAGGGCGUACUGUCUACCCCCCAGGAGGGCGAGCCCUUACUGUUGUACCUCGCCGCCUCGGCCAAAGCGGUAAGUUCGGUGCUGGUUCGAGAGGAGGAACGAGUCCAGCACCCGGUUUACUAUGUAAGCCGCUCACUGAAAGCUGCCGAGACACGGUACACUGCCCUGGAAAAGAUCGUGUAUGCCUUGGUGGUCACCGUUCGCAAGUUGGCGCCUUAUUUCCAAGCCCAUACCGUCCGGGUCCUGACGGAUCAACCACUCGGGAAUGUACUACGGAACCCCAUGUCUUCCGGCCGGCUAGUGAAGUGGGCCGUCGAGCUGACACAAUACGGGAUCGAAUACCAACCCAGGCCCUCCAUCAAAGGCCAAGCUUUGGCCGACUUCCUGGUCGAGUGUACGGCGAGCGAGGAGGAGAAGGAAAGUGCCUCGGAAAGCACCCCGGGCGAGUGGUGGGAGAUGCAUGCGGACGGAGCAUCAAGUCGACAGCACUGCGGAGGCGGCGUUGUGCUCAUCACCCCGGAGGGAUUUCGGCUGUAUUACGCCCUAAGGUACUUGUUCCCUGCAUCAAAUAACGAGGCCGAGUACGAAGCAGUAUUGAAUAGCCUCCGACUCGCCAAGGGUCUAGGAAUCGAACGGCUACGAGUCAAAACCGACUCCCGACUAGUAGUUGGGCAGAUCUCGGGUACGUGCGAAGCUAAGAACGCGAGGAUGGCGUUGUACAAAGAAUGUGCCAACAAGAUGUUGAAGGGGUUCGAAGCUUAUGAAAUAGAAUACAUAUCCCGGGCGGACAACGUAGAGGCCGACAUCUUGUCUAAAAUCGCCCUGGAAGGGGUGCCGGACCGCUUAAUAAAGAUUUGCCAGAAGGAGGAGCUAAGUCGGCCGAGCGUCGAAGAGGCGCCGCUAGAUGUCCAGCAAGUAAGCAUCGAAGGGUGGAAUCGAGAGAAAAACCCGGAGAUGUUCUGGAUAGAUGACAUCCGGCGAUUCAAGGAAACGGGCGAGUUGCCAGCUGACCCAUCAGUCGCCGCAAGGGUUCGGCGGAAAGCUCCCUCUUUCCGGAUCGUAGACGGAGACCUAUAUAAACAGUCGUUCGGAGGACCCUUGUUGAAAUGCCUACUUAAGCCUGAGGCCGAGAAGGUAAUGGAUGAAGCCCACAGAGGCAUUUGCGCUGCGCACCAGGGUGCUCACACGCUCGCCCAAAAAUUGGUCGUUCAAGGGUAUUACUGGCCGACCAUGAUGCGAGAUUGUGUCGAACGGAUGUCCAAAUGUGGCGUUUGUCAGGCCAUGUACGAACUCGAGGACUCCAAGAAAUCUGAAUAA